AUGUCCGCCGCUGCGACGGCCGCCCUCAAAUCUUCCUCACAUUCUCACUCCCACUCACAGUCGCAUCCGCAUUCCAAAUCUCACUCACACUCCCACUCGCGUUCCUCCCGGCCCUCAACCACCCCACGCACUCAGCCUGCGGUCGCCUCGGUCGGUCAAUCCAUGCCACCUCACCUAUCUCCAAACACUACGCGAUCCGCCCAACCGCCCAAAGAUGUCAAGAGCCCGAGUCCCAGUUACUUUGGUUUUGUCGUGGGCAGCGACGAUACCAUACCGCCAGACUCCAAUCCGGGCGCACAUGCCCGCCAAAAUUGGACGUACCCCAAUUCGGCUGCUCCGAACAACGCCCCGACUCCCCGUCAUAUCCCGCUCGAGGCAAACCCAGAGUUCGAAGCGUUUAGAAGACAGUCGGAACAUAACCACAGGUUUGCGUUGAACACGGCUUUCAGACCUUCCCAGUCUCGGAACAACUCCACGAGUACUGCCUCCCGCGUCGAGACUCCCGCCUCUCCGCAUACAAAGAAGCCUUCGUUAGACAGAAGCUCCAAGUCGUCCAAUGGAGGGGCAGGUGUGCAGCAGCAGGGCAGUCAGAUGGAAGAUGUAUCCUUCUUCGACAUUCCAAGGCGACAAUCUCCGGGACCUAUCAAUUCUCAGCAUACUGUUGCCGACCACCAACACGCCCGACUCUCCUUACCUGACAACAGUAUCCGAACACCUCCUCUGAAGGCUGCCACAAAUUCGCAUCGCUCAGACACCCUACCCCCGUCGGGGGACAAGGACGCUCCCCCCAUUGUUUCCCCGACCCAAAUAGCCGAGCUCGUCAAAAACCGACCAGGAGAUGUUUUGAUCCUGGAUCUAAGAGUAUAUCAGCAGUAUUCCACGGCGCGGAUAAGAGGAGCUCUAAAUCUAUGUAUCCCCACGACACUCUUGAAGCGGCCUGCAUAUAAUGUUCAGAGGCUCGCGGAGACAUUUGCAUCGGCGCGAGACCAAGAAACGUUCGCACGCUGGCCGAAAUGUGCUUAUAUCAUAGUGUAUGAUGCUAACUCUUCUUUGCCGAAGGAGGCCGUCACGCCAUUAAAUGUGCUCAAGAAGUUUACCUCGGAAGGUUGGGCCGGUACUGGGUUGGUGGUCAAAGGUGGGUUUUUGAAGUUUCAGAAAUUGGUUCCGGAGCUGGUAGACAGCGGCCCUGUUCAGUCUGGAAAUGGGGCUUCUACACAACCGCUAUCAAUCUCAGCUCCUGGAAAGGACGCCCUCCCCGUGGCUGGAGGUUGCGCAAUGCCCUCAGAGAAGUCGGCCGCCAAUCCGUUCUUCGGAAACAUCCGUCAGAACAUGGACUUGCUGGAUGGCGUAGGCCAGAUGCCCAUCAAACAGCCUACCAACAUGACAUCAGAGACGGAACGGCACAUGCCCGCGUGGUUGAAAAGAGCUGCUUCAAAGUCGGACGAAGGGAAACUGGUCUCUGACCGAUUCCUCAACAUUGAGAAGUCGGAGCAGAAACGGAUGCAGGAAGCCCUCACGGCCAAAGUGUCGUAUGGGACUCCACGGACCGAACAGCCCCAGAAGAUCCAAGUGGCGGGUAUCGAGAAAGGCUCCAAGAACCGAUACAACAAUAUCUUUCCCUUUGACCAUACUCGGGUUCGGCUGCAAAACGUUCCGAGUGGGAGCUGCGACUAUAUCAACGCCAGCCACGUCAAGGCAGAGUUUUCCAACCGGCGGUACAUUGCGACCCAAGCGCCGAUUCCUGCCACGUUCAAUGAUUUUUGGCGCGUUGUCUGGGAACAGGAUGUCCGUGUGAUUGUCAUGCUGACGGCCGAAGCAGAAGGUGGGCAGGUCAAGAGUCAUGUCUACUGGAAGCCUGGCGAGUACGGUCCUCUAAAGCUUAAGCAGCUCUCCGAGCGCCAAGUGAGCUUGGAGACCAAGAAGUUUGCCAACAAACUUGCACCGACAGCCAGACCGUCCAUGGCGCCCAGAAGAUCAACAACGGCCAACAUUCCGGGGGAAAGAGGUCGAGACGAUGUGAAAUCACCAACUGCCAAGACUCCUACAGCGGUGGUUCGCCAUUUCUCUUUGAGCCAUUCGGCAUUUCCCUUCCAGCCAAUGCGUGAGAUCACUCAGAUUCAUUAUGCGGACUGGCCCGACUUUGGGGCCCCGGCGAGCCCUUUGGAACUGCUUGGACUUGUAGAACAGGUCAACAAGUAUGUCCGAGGAGCUGGAACUCCGUCUAAUGUCAUGGGACCAGACGACGCAGCUCCCGAAGGGCAACGGCCGGUUUUGGUCCAUUGCAGCGCCGGCUGUGGGCGAACCGGCACCUUCUGUACGAUUGAUUCUGUCAUCGACAUGUUGAAAAGGCAGCGGCUUUCUCACGAAGUUGGGGGGGAUAAAAUGGACGUUGACACGGGCGAUUGGGUGAAUCGGGAUGAUGUUGACCUGGUGGCCAAGACCGUGGAUGACUUCCGACAUCAGCGACUGAGCAUGGUCCAGAAUUUACGACAAUUUGUGUUGUGUUACGAAAGCAUAUUACAGUGGCUGGUGAUGCAGGAGUCAGAGCAUCAGAAACGACCGGGACUACCAGACCCACGACGGAGUUAUCACGGUUGA